AUGGGCCCAAGCCCUGUUGACCUCCAGACCCCUGUGUUGCAGAACCAGCUCCCAUCCGGCUCGUUGAACGGUCCAAAUCGUUGCGCUGGCAGAGUCAAGGUGUUUCAUGAGCAGCAGUGGGGAGCCGUGUGUGAUGAUGGCUGGGAUACAGCUGAAGCCAGAGUUGUGUGCAGGCAGCUGGGCCGUGGGGCAGCGCUGUCAGCCCCUGGUUCAGCUCAUUUUGGGCAAGGGCCUGACCCCAUCUGGCCGGACGAUGUGAAUUGCUCAGGGAAUGAAGCUGCCCUCUCUGAGUGUAGGGCCCAGUCUUGGAGGUCCCAUAACUGCGAGCAUGGAGAAGAUGCUGGUGUGGUGUGCUCAGCUCCACUGUGGUUAAUGAAUGGACCAAAUCAUUGCAGUGGGAGAGUUGAAGUUUUUUAUGGCCAGCAGUGGGGAACAGUAUGUGAUGACAGCUGGGAUAUAAGCAAUGCUGAAGUUGUUUGCCGACAGCUGGGCUGUGGGAGAGCACUAUCCACUCUGGUCUCUGCUUAUUUAGGAGAAGGAUCUGGCCCUAUCUGGUUGGAUGACGUGAACUGCAUAGGGACUGAAACUGCCCUCUCCAAAUGUGAAACCACUCUAUGGGGAGUCCAUAGCUGUAGGCAUGGAGAAGAUGCUGGUGGUGUGUGCUGGGUGUUCCAGAACCAGCCCCGAUCCGACUGGUGA